AACGUUGCCUUAUGUUCAGAUCGCCCAUCGCCAUGGCGCCUCGUAUCAUCGACGCGAUCAAAACAGAUCAUCGUGCGAUCGAAAACUUCUACAGCAAAGUUCUGAGUUCUCCGACUGAAAAAGAAAAGGUUCAAUGGCAGAACCAGUUUACCUGGGAAUUAGCCCGCCACUCUGUCGGCGAGGAGCUAGUUGUGUACCCCCAGUUCGAGGCAAAACUUCCUGGUGGUCAGGCUUUAGCAGACAAAGACCGCAAUGAGCACCAAUUGGUCAAAGAACAGCUGAAGAAGUUCCAAAAUAUGAAGCCCUCCGAUCCCCAGUUCGAACCGACCAUCAAAGCUCUGAUGAAGGAUCUUUCCGGACACAUUCAGGAAGAGGAGAGCAAGGAUCUCCCGAAACUGGAAGACGCCCUGACAACUGAAGAGAGCGAGAAACUGGCCACGUCCUUUGGCAGGACAAAGAUGUUUGUGCCAUCGCGUUCUCACCCGAGUGCUCCAAACAAGCCUCCCUUCGAGACGGCGAUUGGACUUUUGACUGCCCCGAUCGACCAUCUGGCUGACUUGUUCCGCACAUGGCCACAUACUUCCGGUAUGCCCAAUCCAUCGACGAAAUAAUCCUCCUGUAUUCCACAAGAGGGACCUAAGCGCCUGCGAUACUGCCAUAGCCUAGGGUGCUUGUACUACUAUCUAAUGGGACUUCAUGCUUGUUUCGUCUAAGCUCCUGAACAAUUCUUCGAGAGUUCAACGUUUGUGGUAGAGAAACCGUCACUAUCGUGAUUUCGGUAGCUACCACAUUACGUUUCCUAUGCUUUCCUAUGCAUUUAAAUAUAUCUAGUGCUAGGGCCAGCAAGGCUUGCCUGGAGCAAGCUUAUGGUUGUAUCUACAGCGGUUUGUUAAGCGACUAGCGUGCAAUCUAGGAAG